AUGGUGGUCCUUUCAUUUCUGGAGAGCAUCAAGGACACGGCCUCGCGCAUGCUGCCAACGCCGUACAUGGACAUCAUGGAGGAUGCCACGCAGCCGCACCUUGCCCUGCCGAAGUACGACGGCGUCGCGUUCCUCUGCGAGAGCGCCGACACCGGCGAGGAUACGGCGGUCGACGUGGUGCGUGCUGUGCGCCGCCGCAUCACCGACGACGACCCGAAGGUGAAGUACCUGACGGUGCUCGUCCUCGACGCGCUGAUAAAGGGCUGCGGGCGGCCGCUGCAUCUGGAGGUCGCCUCGCAGAAGGGGCUGCUGCGUGACCUGCAGAACAUCGCCACCCACACCCCAUGCAUCACGGAGAAGGAGCGCAUGGCGAAGGAGGCGGCGCUCGCGCUCAUUCUGAACAUGUCCAUCUGGUUCACCGGACACCCCGACGGGCGGGUGUACAUUCUCACCACCAUCAGCGAUGACGUGCGGCACGCGGUGGGUCCCAAUGCCUUUGAAGGCAUUAACCCAGACACCAACACGCACGUAAAUGUGGCGUCAAGGCGGCAUCACCAGCACCACGCCAAUUCCCGCUCGCGACACGAAUCGCGGCGGCAUCGCCAACAACAGAAUAACCCACAGCAACCUGUUGUGGACGCCAUCGGAAUCAACUACCCGACAGAAGAGGAGCUCGCUGCCAUGCUUGAUUGCUGCAUGACGCUGGCGGAGUACCUGAACAACGCCAAGGUGCUGCCGGAUGGCUCCAUUGAAGUGGACGAUGUAAUACGGGGAUUCCGGGAAAAGAUACAGGCAGACCACGGGAUGCUGACGGUGAUGCUCAGUUCUGAUCUGCAACUCCCCAACCGCGAUGUGCUCCGCGACAUCAGCGACAGCCAGAGCAAUCUCGUUCAGCGACUGGAGAACAACGGUCGGGCGGAGGAGCCGCACAACGCCGCCCAGCCCCCCACUACAGACGUUGCCGUGACGGAGGAGUACCGCCCACAAGUGGUAGCAGAUGCACCGCAGGCAGAAGCGGGGCAGGCGCAUAGGGGGAUGAGUCCGCCCUCAUCGAAGGUUGAGCCCGAAGCGGUGCUGCAGCAGAGGGAAGCAAGCAAAGCAGCGGAGGCCGCACUUGCGGCAGCCGCGCCGAACGUCAUAGAAGACUUGUUUGGGCAGGCACCGGGUACNGAUGCACCGCAGGCAGAAGCGGGGCAGGCGCAUAGGGGGAUGAGUCCGCCCUCAUCGAAGGUUGAGCCCGAAGCGGUGCUGCAGCAGAGGGAGGCAAGCAAAGCAGCGGAGGCCGCACUUGCGGCAGCCGCGCCGAACGUCAUAGAAGACUUGUUUGGGCAGGCACCGGGUACGGAGGCUUCUGCGCCAAUGAUUGCCAACGAGAGAGAACUGGAAACGGCUGAGGCCAAUGUGGUUUCCGAACCAGUGGACGAGCGCGCGACGGUAGAAGAGCAAAGCGAGCCGCAGCAACAGAAGGAACAACACGAAGAAUCUCUGACACAACAGGAAGAGCAGCCAUCAGUACAACAACAACAACAACCUGAGCAGUGCUCCACAGGUGAGGAUGACUUUGAUGCUUUUUUGGAGGGGCGCUUGGCCAAGUAG